UAGGUCGACGUAGUAUGCGUGGCCAAUAUAUACUGUGAACAAUUUGGUCCAUGAGAUAAUGCGCUGACAUUUAAAUGUUGCGAGAGACAGGAGGAAGCUUACGCUCACGCCGUGUCUUGACGUCAGUUUUGAGGCAAAGAAGAAACAAAAAGACAGUAAAAUUGCAUUGAAACAAGAAGAUGAAAGAACUUCGGUGCUUGGUCUACUUUUGCAUCUAUGUUUCGGUAACAGCAUGGGAUCUCACUUUGCUCCACACCAACGAUGUGCAUGCCAGAGUUGAAGAAACAAAUAUCGAUUCGGGAAAAUGCACUAAGGGGUCGUGUUUUGCUGGUGUGGCGAGAAGAUUUUCUAAAAUAAAAGAAAUCCGUAGCAGAGAGCGGAACGUGAUGCUUCUAGACGCUGGUGAUCAGUUUCAGGGAACUGUUUGGUUUAAUUUUUACAAGGGUGCGGAGGCUGCACAUUUUAUGAAUAAACUCGGAUACGAUGCAAUGGCUCUUGGGAAUCAUGAGUUUGACAACGGAGUGGAAGGACUGAUCAAGCCGUUCUUGCAACAUGUGCAAUGCACUGUUCUCAGUGCAAACAUCAAGCCAGAUGACAAACUAGCCCCGCAAAUGAGCGGUCAUUUCUUCCCAUUUAAGAUAUUUGAAGUAGACUCUCAAAAGGUCGGUGUGGUGGGCUAUACGUCACAUGAAACCCCUGCUCUGUCACAGCCAGGUCCAAAUGUACAGUUUCAGGAGGAGGUAAGUGCCUUGCAGAUUCAGGUGAACAAACUACUGUCUCUCGGAGUAAACAAGAUCAUUGCCCUUGGCCACUCUGGUUUUGCUAUGGACCAAGAGAUUGCCAGAAGGGUGAGUGGUGUGGAUGUGGUGAUCGGAGGACACAGCAAUACUUUCUUAUAUACGGGGCAGGCGCCUUCCUCCGAGGUCCCAGCUGGGCUCUACCCUUUCCUGGUGAAAUCUGAAGAUGGACGAGAUGUCCCUGUUGUGCAAGCCUACGCUUUCGGGAAAUAUCUGGGUUACCUCAAGGUGACCUUUAGCGAUACUGGCGACGUCCUCAAGGCCACAGGCAACCCUAUCCUGCUGGACAGCACAGUACCAGAAGAUCCUGAUAUUCUUGCUGACGUCCAGGAGUGGAAGAAGAACCUGGCUAACUACUCCUCCCAGUAUGUGGGUCAAACCCUGGUCUACCUCAACGGCACGUUUCAAGAAUGUCGAUUUCGCGAAUGCAACCUGGGUAAUCUGAUCUGUGAUGCCAUGGUACACCACAACAUCAAAUAUGCAGAUGAGCUCCAGUGGAAUCAUGUUAGCUCCUGCAUCCUCAAUGGUGGAGGCAUCCGAACAUCUAUCGAUGAACGCAGCCGAAAUGGUUCCAUCACAAUGGAGGACCUUAUCGCUGUCUUGCCAUUCGGAGGCACCUUUGACAUGGUGCAGAUGAAGGGAACCACGUUGCUGAAGGUUUUUGAGCACUCGGUCAGAAGAUAUGGAGGCAGCACGGGAGAAUUCCUCCAGGUGUCAGGUUUCCAUGUGGAAUACGACACGUCCAGGGCUCCAGGCGAGCGUGUGAAGAGUGUCAGUGUCCUGUGUACGAGCUGUCGUGUGCCCAUCUUUGAAGCCCUGGAUCCCAACAGGCUGUACAAGAUGGUCCUGCCUUCAUACCUGGUGGAAGGAGGAGAUGGCUUCUCUAUGAUUAAGGAGGAGAGGCUGAAACAUGACAGUGGUGAUCUGGACAUUGCUGUGCUGGCCAGCUACAUCUCAGAAAGGAAGAAGGUGCACCCAGCAGUGGAGGGAAGAAUCAGGAUGUUCAGCUCAUCCAGUGGAGGAUCUGGGUCCAUGUUUCUGCUGAUUCUGGUAGGGCUGCUCCUGACUCAAAGCCUCUAACGUUUUAUCUCAGCAGAAUUUGUUUACAAAGCUCACUUUCAAAUAGUUUCUUAGCAUCUGUGUAGAAUAUGUCAUAACUAUGACCAUGUCUGCGUCAUUAGGAUAUGAGUCCAGAAAAAAACUAAAACAUUUUGCAAUAGGAGCAGAAUGUAUCCAAGCUCUGUCCCACUAAAUAUUUAUGGACAUAAGAGGUAGGCAUGUCUCUUGAAGCUGAAUGUUAAUAAACAUUCUUAAACAUUUAGAGAGCUAUACCUAUUUGUUGCAGCUUUACUGUUAAAAGGCAAGAAACCAAAUUGCUUACCCAAUGUCCUUUUUUUUUUGCUUGAAAUUUAAAAACAUGUAGAAAGUUUAUCACAAGACCUAUGUAUGUGUGUUACUUGUGAAUACCAUGCAUGUGAAACAUUUUGUUUUCUGCAUUACAUUUAAAAAACACUCAAAUGAAAUGUUCCCAUCUGUGACUGUUUAAGCAUAACCUGGUGAAUGAUAUGUUCAUAGACAUAGUUACAAAGUUAUAAAGUAACUAAACAACUUUGAUAAGACUGCUUGGAAACAAAUGUUAUUCAGGAAAGGGUAGGCAGACAAAGUCAAGGAAGCAAAGUGUAUUUUAUGGCACUAAAAAAUUUCAUAAUCACAUGCUACAAUGUAGUAAAGGAUAAAAUAACCAUUGUCAAAUCCAAAUUAAAUUAUUAAAUUAAAUGUAUUUUGGACAGACUA